GGGUCACGUGGGGCGGUGCGCGCUCAGUGCGGCUGCGCCGGCCGGUAGCUGCAGCUGGAGCGGUGGCGUUUGGAGCAGACGCGAAACUGGAUGGCUUCUACAGGGAGCCAGGCCUCUGAUAAAAACAAGAUUUUUGGAUUCUUCAAUGAUGGCGAACCCCCCACCAAAAAGCCCAGGAAGCUGCUUCCAAGUCUGAAAACCAAAAAGCCUCGAGAACUUGUGCUGGUGAUUGGGACAGGCAUCAGUGCUGCGGUUGCACCGCAGGUCCCAGCCCUGAAAUCCUGGAAAGGCUUAAUCCAGGCCUUACUGGAUGCUGCUAUUGAUUUUGAUCUUUUAGAAGACGAGGAAAGCAAAAAGUUUCAGAAGUGUCUCCAUGAAGACAAGAACCUCGUCCAUGUCGCCCAUGACCUCAUUCAGAAACUCUCCCCUGUCCUGGAGUGGGCUCAGGAGAAGCGGAAGCUAAGUGUGCUACACAUCCAUGGGGUCUACACCAAUCCUAGUGGCAUUGUCCUCCACCCAGCUGGAUAUCAGAAUGUGCUCAGGAACACUGAAGUUAUGAGAGAGAUUCAGAAACUCUAUGAAAACAAGUCAUUUCUUUUCUUGGGUUGUGGCUGGACAGUGGACGACACCACUUUCCAGGCCCUGUUCCUAGAGGCUGUCAAGCAUAAAUCUGACCUAGAACAUUUCAUGUUGGUUCAGAGAGGAGACGUAGAUGAAUUCAAGAAGCUUCGAGAAAACAUGUUGGACAAGGGGAUAAAGGUCAUCUCCUAUGGAAAUGACUAUGCUGAUCUUCCAGAAUAUUUCAAGCGACUGACAUGUGAGAUCUCCACAAGAGGCAGAUCAGCAGGGAUGGCAAGAGAAGGUCAGCUAAAUGGUUCAUCUGCGGCACAUGGUGAAAUAAGAGGCUGUAGUACUUGAGCAAGCUGGAGCAAUCACCAUUAGACCAUGCUGUGGGGCCUUCCUGUGGAUAUGUUAACAAGCAAACUUGCAAGAACUCAACACAGCUCCCAGGAAGUACCAAUACCCAGAAGUUGAAGCUUGGGGUAGGAUAGGGGUGGCAGUGUUGCACCUUCCCUUCAUGCUGGCUGUUUCUCGACACUCUGCUGCCUGGUCCAUUUUAACACCCAAUGACAUCAGGACCCAGUGCAGCUCCUACCUACCCCAAGACUGGACAGGCUUGUCUACACAGCAGACCAAUGUGAUGACUCCUGGCUAUGGCUGCAGCUCUGCAGGACUUGAGGAGCAAGAAGUCAUGGAGUCAGUGGGCUCUUGUUGCAGUUUUGUACUCCACUUGGUUUUUCAAUUGAGCUUAUGGCUUUUUUAAAACAUGACUUGAAGCUCUAGUUUUCUAGAUCUUUUACAGUGUACAGUAUUUUACAUAACUGAGCUGUAUUAAAAGCUUGUUCAUUUACUUGCCAGGGCUCUGGCUCUACUUUGAAGAGUUACUGUUAAAAACUGGCAUUCUUCUAUUUUCAUCAUAGGGUGGUGAUCCUUCUCAGCACAGGCACUUACCCAAUUCCUUAGAGCACUACUAGUUCCUAUCAUGCCCUUGCCAAAAAGAAGCCCAAGAACUAUAUAGCUAGUAUGAGUUACCAUCCUAAUUUUAUAUCCUGUAUAAAAUAAUAGGAACCUAAGAGGCAAUUUCUUUAUGAAAUUUAUUUUCUUAUAUAAAUUAUGUAUUUCUCUG